AUGGAUCCUGAUAUCCAAUACAAGAAUACUUCUGAGGCUGCAGUGGCUGGGGUGAGGAGCCUUGUGGGAUCUUGCAUAAGAUCAGGGACAGUGAAGAAACUUGUCUACACGGCCUCCGUGGUGGCUGCAUCACCAUUGAAAGAUGAUGGAACCGGGUUCAAAGAUUCAAUGGAUGAAUCGUGUUGGUCUCCAUUGCAUCCCUCAUUUGCUUAUAGCAACGACGGAUUGACAGGAUAUGUGCAUUCAAAAACACUGGCAGAGAAAGAGGUGUUGAGUUACAAUGGUCGCGGCAUAAUGGUGGCAACCCUUGCUUGUGGCCUUGUAGGAGGGGGCACAAUUCUAUCUACAAUGCCUGAGAGCAUGGGUGUGCUUAUAUCACAAAUUGCAAAGAAGGAGGGAAGGUACCAAACUCUAAGAUUUUUAGAGGAAUUGAUAGGAAAAGUUCCAAUCCUGCACAUUGAAGAUGUAAGUGAGGCCCAUAUAUUCUGUAUGGAGGAUUCAUCCAUCAAUGGGCGAUUUCUAUGCGCUAGCACCUACCUAUCAUCAGCAGAGAUUGCAAGUUAUUGUCGUCAAUACUACCCAGAAAUCGACAUGGCUGAAGAGUUUAUUGAAGAUUCAAGGAGAGAAAUCUCUUGGGGUUCAACAAAGCUUCAGGAGAUGGGAUUCAAAUACAAAUACGAUAUCAAGGGAAUAUUAGAUGGAAGUCUCGAGUGCGCAAGAAAGCUGGAUGGUUUUCCUUAA